AUACUUGGACCUGGUCGAUCGCAGUCGCAAUCUCGGUGAAACUCGGCGAGUUCGUUUAGUUUAGUUUAGUUUUGUUUUCGUUGCUUUGUAUUUUGCUUUCAUAACGAACGAAUUUCGCAAUCAACGCAACCAAAAGUAAACACAGAGACAGACUUACAUUUACCAUCAUGCUGCUGCUGAUGAAGUUGCUGUUGCUAUUGUUGUGGUCAUCAUUGACGGCGACGACGACGGCGCUUCCCAUUGCGCCCACCACAUUAGACGGUGCCACGCCCAUCGAUGCCCAAGUCUCAGCUGCUGAUUUUGGCGCCUUGGACGCCUUUGCCGAAGAUGCCGCCGAAACAUCGGAAACAGCAGCCAGCGAAUCGGCGGGUUUCAAGAUUUCGCUGCUGCCAACGCCAGCGAAGACGGCCGAGUCGGUGAAUCUGGAGCAAGAGGCGAUACCAUCGAAGGUGCUCAGUGUCUAUGACAAUUCGCAGAAGAAGAUUUCGGAUAUUUCACAUCCCGUUCCCAUUUUGGACAGCAUCAGCGAGCAUGAGAAGUAUGGCAACAAUGGCGACAAGUUCGACGGCAUCUCGCGUUCGCUUGUUAACGGUUACGAGGCAUUUUCCAAUCUCCUCAACACCUUCAUACAGAAACCUAAAGAAAUAGCGCGCAGCUUUUCGAAGGGAAUCACAGCACAGCUGGACAUCAUAGGAGGCAAGCUCGUGGGUCUCUAGACUACGAAGUUGGAAUUAAGAAACGCAUCCAUUAACAACUAUAAACUUUG